UGUGAACUUCAGUGCGCUGUAAACCGUUUUUGUGUUGCAUAUAAUUACAAGAAAAAAGUGGAUGAAAAGGAGAUCAACUGUCAGCUAACCGACACAGCUGAUCCUGAUUUUGACAAACAUGAUGUUGCCAAGAACGAACCAGUGUGGACGUUUUACAAGAUUAACGUCGACAGAAGUCACAUUGAAACCUGCCAGGGAGAAGUUUAUGAAUUUCAAAAUGGUGGAAACAUGAUUUGGGUUCCAGACAAACAAUAUUUUUGUCAAUGUUUGGAAUGUUACGAAGGAAGACUUUGCGAAAAAGUCACUCGGAGGGCUCUCGGGAUGGAAAACGGUCAAAUUCGUGAUAACCAAAUCACGGCAUCAAGCGAAUACGAUAGUUGGCAUCGUGUGGCAAAUGGAAGAUUAAAUUUCACGCCGCGAAUAAGUACCCAAGGACGCAAUGGAGGGAAUCAGUUUGUUAAAAGCUACAACGUCUCUUCCAGCCAAGAUGGGAAAAUUUUCCAGGUCUAUACCACAGGAGAAACAGUGAAGGAAUUUCAAGGUAACAGCGACGUAGAUUCCAUUGUUCAUCACCAGGUUUUUCCUCUCAUUUCCGCUCGCUUCAUUCGUCUUCAUCCAACGGCUUGGAAAAACUGGAUCUCGAUGAGAGUUGAAUUUUAUGGCUGUUAUAUAGCUAAGUAA